ACAGGGCACGUACUACAGCAAAAGUGUUCAGCAGGUGCCAACAUAAUCAGCUAAUGAACACUCAUCAGUGCACAAGCACGAAAGUAAAGGAAAGAUAAAGUGUUCAUCCACUCCCACAAACUAUACAAUUAUGCGAUCUUAUAUAAAAUUAUUGCUUUAUUAGUAGGAAUAAGCAAGUGCUCUGGUUUCCCAAACCGUGCAGACGUUAGCAUAUACUAUUUAUCUAUACACACUAAAGUGGGGUCCUUAAAAGAAAUAAACAUUAGAAAGUGCGCCCGCAGACACAAGCGUAGAGUGAACAUUCCAUGCUUACUCAGAGAAGAGCAGCGCUCAUUUCAUUCUAUUGAGAACAGCCAUGAACGUGCGAAUACUGCUCCUGCUAAAAAUCGGCUAAUAAAUCUUCGAAAAAGGUGCGCUCAGGCAUUUACCUCAAGCUCUUCUUAUUAAAAACCACCUAGAUAAUAUCCUUCACAGUUUGUAAUAUUAUGUGUUAGAAAAUGCGUGGACCUCUCAAAUUUAUUGUUGAAGUUAAGGUGGCUUUAUUAGAAGCAGCUGCUGAAGGCAGUAAUGUCAGAUCCCGAUGAGUUUCUGCUAGCGCGAUUGCUUCAUUUUUAGUCCUUGUUCAUGUGCACCAGUCCAGUUUCUGAAUUAGGAUAACUGACUGAGUCUCAGGGUGUGUACUGCUUCUAAUGACACUCCACAUUAAUGAAUAAUGGUUAUUCUAACCAUUGAAAUGGAAGAUUCACAGGCACCGAUGAUCGAGAUACCAGAAUUAUUGGUUAGUUGCACGAAUCGGUAUGCUCUUUGACGUUUAUUUUCUUCAUUUAUUAGGUUUACCUGCUACGAUUUGACAAAGAUGGCAGGACUGGGUACAUAAGAUGCAAAACAGAAAAAAAAUCAAACAGGAGAUACAUCUAUGCUGAAAGCACAGACAAGUAGCAAAGCAAAUGGUCGAGAACAUUCAAAGUCCUAUAUGUGGCAAAUACCAGCAAGCGUGGGAGAUGAACAUAGGGACUGCCUUAAGAGACCGAUGAAGCAACAUGCGGUAAAAAACAAAUUGCCAGAGUCGAAUAUCACAAACAAAACGCGCAAAAUCUUUCUACGGCCAGAACGCGUGGUGUAUCUGUCACCAGAAAUGUAAUCAAACGCAGUUUCUAACGCAGCAUCAAUUUUUUAACACGCAUUCUUCUUACCAAUAACCGAUAUCGCAGCUACAGUGUGCACCAAGUAGUGAACCAAUGGCGCUGACUUUGGACUCCUUGAAGAGUGACCCAUCGUUCGGGCUGGACUCGAGACGCAGCUGGGUGACGGCGGCAUUCCUGAGCAUAUCCUUGACUAUGGUGUUGACUGCGCAGCAUUCGGUGGGUGUGCUGUUUUUUGGCAUCGUUCAAACAUACGAUGUGAGCAGGCAGGAGGCGUCGUGGCCACUUGUGCUGACCCACACUCUGGCUUUCUUGGCAGGUCCGGUCAUGGGGUAUCUCUGCGGCCGAUGCUCCUGUCAAGUCGUUUUGCUCGUGUCGAGCUUAACGGCAGGCGUUUCAGCCUGCGCUUGUUUCUUCGCUGAAAGCAUAUUCGCUUUAAAUAUCCUAUUUGGAAUUGUCCACGGAACAGCGGUGUGUGGCGUUCACGUUGCCGUUACCGUCAUCGUGUCCCAGCACUUCGAGAAACGCCGUGCAACAGCGUGCAGUGUAAUUUACACGGCCAUGUGUAUCAACAGCGUGUACCUGCCGCCCUUGGCUGAGCUGCUUCGAGUAACUUACGGGGUCCACGGCACCUUCCUUCUACUUGGUGGCAUGGCUCUAAACGCAUUUCCUCCGGUUCUCGCCGUCCAAAGUCCUGAGUGGACAAAAUCGAAAAAGCGUUCUCUUAGCGAAACGCGGCACAGUCUUAUCAAGGACAAUGGGAACAUUCCGAACAAUCUUCUCCUGCCUGCAGCUGAGACGCGCAAUGGGUGCUUUCCCAACGACGCCGAAAUGCCGAACGGCAAAGCGCACCAAACAAAGUUCGCAGAACUACCACUCCGUCAGAACGACGACUUCGGCCUCAAGACCACCCCGUUGCUCUCGUCAAAAAAGAAAUCAGUGGGCAAGGACGACGCAGCCAAACCAAGUUUUACUCUGAUUGUGAAACAAUUCGCCAGCGUGCCAUUCGCCGUGAGUGCGAUAUCCUUCGCUGUCAUCGCGCUAGGAAUGUCGACCUUUAUUUUGCUUUCUGUGGACGUUGCCGUGGACCGAGGAAUCCCUCCAUCCAGCGGCGUCUUUCUCCUGAACGCCUUCGCAGUGACAGACAUUGUGGCGCGGCCAUUGAGUGGUCUGAUAAUCGACUCUGGUUUUUUAUCACUAGAGAGCGUUAUGCUUAUCGGAUACAUUCUCCAGUUCUUGGCGCUUGAACUCUUCGUGUGGUUAGAGCAUUUCCCGCUUAUGCUGGCUUCCUCUGCGCUAUUUGGUGUCAGUAACGGACUGAGGGUCACUCUGCUCGCGCCUUUUCUGGUUAAAGACUUUGGAAUCGAAAGAAUGCCACUCAUGCUUGGUGGAGUGUCCUUCUGGACUGGCGUCGUCCUGCUCACAAGACCAUUUCUGGUUGGUUACUGGAGGGACCACCUGGGAUCCUACGAUGGCCUUCUUCAUUUCGUGGCUAUAGUAAACGCUGUCGUUGCGGUCAUAUGGAUGGCGAAGCUUUACGUGCUGAGACGGCAAAAACGGCUUAUAUAGGAAAAUAAAAACUUGUGUUUAGGCGAAGGAA